GGGCAGUGCAAAUCUCUAUUUGUGCCAUGAUUUGUUACAGGUCAGCAAUAUGGUCAACAUAGGACCCCUGCAAAUUACCAGUUGCAUCUUAAUUAUUUCAUUUAGCAUCUUUUUUGACUGCAAGUGCACCUCGAUACCCAUAUGAGGCUUCACAUUCUUAAUAUUGCAUCGUAAGUUUAAAUUCAAUGCUCCUCAAAUUUGCAUAGAGAGUUGCUGAAAUAUUUUAGUUGUUUUUGCGGAACUUAACAUGUUGUGUUUGCAAUCUAAUGAUGUUAUGGUUUCCAAUGAGCAAGUUUAGAAAGGAUGACAUAUAUGAUUACGCAUGUAUAUUUGUUUCUUUCUCAUUGCAACAGUGCUUAGCAAUUACUCAAUAUGAUUACGCAUGUAUAUUUUAAAGUAUCUUCCUACUUUAAAAUAUUUUGCUCCCGUGCAACAUACAGACAUGUAUGUAACUAGUAUAAGGAUUAAUUUGUGCCAAAAUUUCUGCUUGUCGUAUGUGGUUGUUUUCUUUUUGUUAACUUCAAUUGCUUUACUAGAUCCAUCUAUAUCGAUCGUAUAGUCAUCGUACCAUGUCCCAUCCAAAUUAUACACAUAUCGUACCCAUUAAAAUCAGCAUUUUCCAACAGUAAACCAACUUUACUUUACUUUAUAUAUAAGCUAGCAGUCUGUCCAAUGCAAAAAAAGCAAGCAGCUGGAUGAAAGUAUGUAUACAUAUACAUAUACACAUAGGUAAAUACGUACACAUAUAUAUUAAUGGAAUCCGUGAGCUAACCACUACCAAUGCAAUCGCUAAGCAGCCAGCGGCCAACUAGCAAAGCAAUGCAUGCUACACCCCUGUUACAUUUGUUUCAGACUUUCUGAACCCUUGCCUGUGACAAAGCACGAUCGAUCCAUCAAAUAUUUCACGAGCUGCGUUGUCACGAGCAAUCAAAUCGAUCCAUUCACGAUGCAUCCGUCGAUCGAUCUCAUCAACUUCCUAUCUACCCUGCCUUGCUGUUGGGGUAACUCCCUAGCUAGCUAAUCCUAUAUAUAUUCGAUCGAUCGAUGAACAUGCACUGCACUUACCAAUCUAAUCGAGGUUGCGUUACCGGCCGGAGAUGGAUCACGGGAGGCUCGCGCUUGUCGUGGCGGCGGCGGCAAUGGCAAUGGCGUGCACGGUGGAGAUGAGGGCCGCGGCGGCGGCGCCACAGCCGUUGGCGCCGUGCAUGUACGUCUUCGGGGACUCGCUGGUGGACAACGGCAACAACAACGGCAUCCUGAGCCUGGCCAGGGCCAACUACCGCCCCUACGGCAUCGACUUCCACGAGGGCCCGCCCGGCCGCUUCACCAACGGCCGCACCAUGGUCGACUUCCUCUCCGACAUGCUGGGGCUCCGCCCGCCGCUCCUCCCGGCCUACGCCGUGGCGCGGCCGGCCGACCUCGCGCGGGGGGUCAACUUCGCCUCGGGGGCGUCCGGCAUCAGAGCCGAGACAGGGAACAACCUGGGCGAGCACUACCCUCUGUCCGAGCAGGUGGUCCAUUUCCGGACGGCGGUGAGCGACAUGGGGCGCACGGCGGGGUUCAGCGGCAACGCGACGAAGGUGAUGGAGCACCUGGGCCGGUGCAUCUUCUUCGUGGGCAUGGGCAGCAACGACUACCUCAACAACUACUUCAUGCCCGACUACUACGACACCGCGCAGGUCUACGAUCCGCACGCCUACGCCACCCUCCUCCUGCAGGAUUACUCCAGCCAGCUCGCCGACCUCUACGACCUCGGCGCCCGGAAGUUCGUCGUCGUUGGUGUUGGCCAGAUCGGCUGCAUCCCCUACGAGCUCGCCAGGAUGAACAACGACAACCAACCAUCUGGUCCUGAUACUCCUUCCGAUGACGACGACGGCAUUGUUAUAUCCAUCGGCGGCGGCGGCGGCGGGAGGUCAUCGUCAACGUCAAGUUCAAACGCAAGCAACAACAGCACCACCAAGCAGAAGCCGACGCCCGACGCUGGCGCGUGCAACGACACGAUCAACAGGGCCAUCGCCAUCUACAACAAUGGCCUGCUGUCCAUGGUGAAGCGCUUCAACCGCGGCCAGCAGCUGCGCGGGGCCAAGUUCGUCUUCCUCGACACCGUCCAUACCGGCAUGGACCUCGCCGUGAACGCCGCCGCGCACGGGUUCACGGUCUUGGACCGCGGCUGCUGCGGCGUGGGCCGGAACAACGGCCAAAUCACGUGCCUGCCCCUGCAGCGGCCGUGCGACGACCGGAGCAAGUACAUAUUCUGGGACGCCUUCCACCCCACGGAGGCGGCCAACAGAAUCUACGCCGCCAAGGCAUUCAACUCCACCUCAACCUCCGACGCCUACCCCAUCAACAUCAGCCAACUCGCCGCCAUAUGAAUAUAUCAUCGGCUCCAAUCGAUUCCUCCAAUAAUGUCGAUGUUCAUCCAUAUAUGUACUAGUUUCAGUAGGCUAUUUUGCUAGUAUAUAUAUGGCAAUUAUGACGGUCUAUUUCUCCAACAAUAUA